AUGGCCUGCUCAUGCUUGCUUAUGGCCUCGAUGCAGACCUUGCCCGGGCCCGGCGCUUUCAGGACCGAAAAUGGCACGCUCUACUUGGCCUUUCAGGAAUACUACGAGGCGCCGCAGGAUCCGCAUAAUAUGGCCGAUGCUCUCUCUCAAACUCUCUCAAACUCUUCUCUCUCUCAAACUCUUCUCUCUCAAACUCUGAUCUCUCACACUUUUCUCUCUCAAACUCUUCUCUCGAACUCUUCUCUCUCACACUCUCUUACACUCUCUCAAAACUCUCAAACUCUUCUCUCUCAAACUCUUCUCUCUCAAACUCUUCUCUCUCUUCUCUCUCUCACUCUCUCACACUCUCUCAAAACUCUCUCAAACUCUUUCUUCUCUCUCAAGCUCUUCUCUCUCAAACUGUUGGACGUUUUCUCUCUCUCACACACACGCACGAGCACCAGAGAAGAUGGGGGCGACGGCCAAGAUGGUCAUGAGGAUCGAGUUUGGGAUGUCAAGUGGUCGCCGACCGGCGCCGUGCUGGCCUCGAGCAGUGGCGACCAGACGGUUCGGUUGUGGACCCGCGAGGCCCGUGAUUGGGUCUGUCUCUCCACCCUCGAAGGUCCACAAAAAGGGACCAUCCGCAGCCUCUCAUGGGGCCGAGAAGGCAACUACCUGGCCGCUGCAAGCUUCGACUCGACCACCUGUGUCUGGGAAAAGGGGCCUUCUGGCUUUGAAUGCUUUGCCACCCUCGAGGGUCAUGAGAAUGAGGUCAAGGGCGUUGCAUUCAGCGCAAGCGGUGACUACAUUGCCACUUGGUUUGCCGACGAAGAGGAGUUUGAUUGUGCCGCCAUUCUUGCUGAACACUCGCAGGACGUCAAGGCCGUAGCCUGGCACCCCACCCGCGACCUUUUGGCCUCGUGCAGCUAUGAUAACACCAUUCGCUUUUAUCGCGCCGAUCCCGACAAUGCCGACUGGAUUUGCUGUGAUACAUUGAGUGACAACCAGUCAACAGUCUGGAAAAUUUGCUUCAACGCCGAUGGGUCUCGCCUUGCUGCCGUCGGUGAUGAUCGGACGCUGCGCGUAUAUCAGGCCUUUCCACCCGGCAAUCCCCAAGGUGCCGCCUUGCCUGCUCACAGUUCAAUCUAUGCACCAUGCCUACGCAACACCCUCCACUCAGCGAUCAACCGACUCGUGUGUUCUGACUUUGCAGGCAUUGUCACGCCGUCUGCCAGUGACGACAAGUGGAAGUGCAUUGCCACCAUCACUGGUCAACACACCCGGCCCAUCUACAGCGUCGAUUGGGAUCCCGAAACAAACAUUCUCGCCACUGCAGGCGGAGACAACAUUGUCCGCCUGUUCCGUGAGACCGCCGUCCAACCCGAUACCAAUACCCCGAGUUAUGAGCUCAUCGGCCAGUUCCAGGCACACGAUCAGGAUCUGAAUGGCUUGGCCUGGGCACCCAAUCAACCCGACUUACAACAUCGCUUGCUGGCCACAUGCGCUGAUGAUGGACUGCACGUGGGCAACCACAAGAGUUAG